GAGGUUCACUGCAGCUCUCUCCUCUGCCAUCCUUCAUUCCCACAGGCACCUAUUAAAGAGCUGCUUCUGGUUUUCUCUCUGCCAGGUGUUCAGGUUUUAUUUCUUCGCUGUGUCCUCUGGCAUUGGGUGAAUCUGGAAAUCUCACAGAUAGUGGCAGCAAUAAAGACCUGGACAAGAUGGCUCAGGUGUGCACUGGCACCGACGUGGAGCAGCCUUUUGUAAAACCACUGUUUUGUAGGAAGGGAGCUCUCAGACAGAAACUAGUGCACGAGGUCAAGAGUCACAAGUUCACCGCCAGGUUCUUCAAGCAGCCAACCUUCUGCAGCCACUGUACCGAUUUCAUAUGGGGAAUCGGAAAGCAAGGAUUCCAGUGCCAGGUUUGCAGCUUUGUAGUACACAAACGAUGUCAUGAGUUUGUCACCUUUGAAUGUCCUGGUGCUGGGAAAGGACCACAAGCAGAUGAUCCUCGUAGCCGACAUAAGUUCAAGGUUCACAGUUACAGCAGUCCGACUUUCUGUGAUCACUGCGGUUCUCUCCUUUAUGGGAUGGUUCACCAGGGAAUGAAAUGUGCUUGCUGUGAGAUGAAUGUACACAAACGUUGUGUUCAGAGUGUGCCUAGUCUUUGUGGGGUAGAUCACACUGAACGCCGUGGUCGGAUGCGCAUGCGGGUGGAAGCAAUUAAUGAUGAAGAGUUUCAAGUAACAGUUGGAGAGGCUCGAAAUCUUAUCCCUAUGGAUCCUAAUGGCUUGUCCGAUCCUUAUGUGAAGCUGAAGCUCAUACCUGACCCAAAGAACUUGACCAAACAGAAAACCAGGACUGUCAAAUCUACUCUUAACCCAUUGUGGAACGAAUCCUUUAUUUUCGCCCUAAAGUCAGGGGAUGAAGAUAGACGUCUCUCAGUGGAAGUCUGGGACUGGGAUCGCACAUCACGCAAUGACUUCAUGGGUUCCAUGUCAUUUGGUGUCUCAGAAAUCAUGAAGAAUGCUGUGGAUGGCUGGUACAAGCUAUUGAAUCAAGAAGAAGGCGAGUAUUACAAUGUGCCUGUAGCUGAUGACGCAGAUGACUUUGGACUUCGACAAAAGUUUGAGGCGUGCAAUUUUCCUCUUGAACUUUAUGAGAAAGUGAGACGAGGUCCAGUUCCGAGUGCCAGCCCGACUGAUUCCAAUCGUAUGAGCUUCUUUGGUACUAGUCGCUUCCACAUCUCCGAUUUCAACUUCCUGAUGGUGCUUGGGAAAGGAAGUUUUGGAAAGGUUAUGCUGGCCGAGAGACGUGGAUCUGAUGAACUGUAUGCAAUUAAAAUUCUCAAGAAGGACGUCAUAAUUCAGGAUGAUGAUGUGGAGUGCACUAUGGUUGAGAAACGCGUUUUAGCAUUGACUGAACGACCUCACUUUCUCACACAGCUUCAUUCCACAUUCCAGACUGUGGAUCGUCUUUACUUUGUUAUGGAGUAUGUGAAUGGUGGAGACCUCAUGUACCACAUACAACAAGUUGGCAAGUUCAAGGAACCGCAUGCCAUGUUCUAUGCUGCUGAGAUUGCCAUUGGACUCUUCUUCCUCCACAAUAAGGGAAUCAUUUACAGAGACUUGAAGCUAGACAAUGUCAUGCUGGAUACCGAGGGACACAUUAAAAUCACUGAUUUUGGAAUGUGUAAAGAGAACAUUUUCAGUGGGUCCACUACUCGCACAUUCUGUGGGACUCCGGACUACAUAGCACCAGAGAUUAUUGCCUAUCAGCCUUAUGGGAAGUCAGUGGAUUGGUGGUCUUAUGGGGUUUUACUGUAUGAAAUGCUUGCAGGACAGCCCCCCUUUGAUGGUGAAGAUGAGGAUGAGUUAUUCCAGUCCAUCAUGGAGCAGACUGUAUCUUAUCCAAAAUCCCUCUCCAGAGAGGCUGUGUCCAUAUGCAAAGGGUUGCUUACAAAACAUCCUCUAAAACGACUCGGAUCUGGCUGUGAUGGGGAGCGGGAUAUACGUGAUCAUGCAUUCUUCCGCUGGAUUGACUGGGAACGUUUAGAGCGUCUAGAGAUCCAGCCGCCUUUCAAACCACGUCCUUGUGGAAAGAGUGGUGAAAACUUUGACAAAUUCUUCACUCGAGGUGCUGCAGUCCUUACACCUCCAGACCAGAUGGUCUUAGCUGGCAUUGACCAGAGUGAAUUUGCUGGCUUCACAUUCAUCAAUCCAGAGUUUGUCCAUACUAAUCCUCAUAGUCCAGUUCCUAUAUCACUGGUGUGACCAUUUGAUAUGUACCACAAGAAGCAGAAGGCAUUUUCUCUAAGCCCCAAUCCUUUGGUCAGCAUGGUAUACUCCUUGAUAAUGGCUUUCUUGGCAGUUUAUGCCCUCACCCCCAUUUUCUCCUUUUGUCCUGUCCUGCAUCUUGGAAAAGCACUCAGUGUUGUAACGUGCCGUGUGAGGGGGCCAGGAUGCAAUAGUGAAUCCAUUCCUUCCGGGACCUGACACUGAUCUGGCAUUUGACUAUAAUUAGAACAUGUUAAAAGCUGAUCAAUUUUGAAAUUUGUGUGUUUUACCUUUGGGUUGCUCAGUUUCUGAAGGCCUCAUGAUAAAGAGCCAAGUCCUUGCUUUACUGCCUGCAAUGAGGUCACAUUGAAGUGGCACACAACAAUAUGGAGAGAAGAUGAAUUUCUAUUCAGGGUGUUGGAUCCCGAUGGUGAGCCUAUAAGAUGGACGUCUGAGAUUACUGAUGUGUAUUCAUACUUGAAGCAAAACUAGAGUCUGGAUAGACAAUAAGCAAUUGUCUCAUUUAGUUUGCACAACCCCAACUUGGAAUGGACUUAACACUGCCUGCUCCUCCCCCCAAAAUUGCAUCUAGCACUGGCAUGCAUGGCCUUUUAUUAUAAUAUAUUUGUUUGCGUACAAUAUAUCUAGGUGUUUAUCCUGUUAAUGUAGGCACAGGUCUAGGAAGAAUUACCCUCAGAAAAUGAUGUAUGUAUUAUAUUCUUAGAUCAUCUGCUUUUUUGUGCAUGGGCUGUAAGAGAUCAUACUGUGUGUACAUGCUCGCUAGUCUGAUCAGUUUUGCUGAGUCUUUCUGGACUUGGUAUAGAAAUAGUGGCAGGAUAACUGGUUUGGGCUUCCAUGGGUAUAUUUUGAUAAAUGACUUCCAUGUAUUCUGAAUAUUUUAUUUGUAGUGUUU